AUGCCAGCCUUAGAGCGUACGAAUAAUGGCGCUAUGGCGCUUCACUAUGCCGCCGCUAGGGGGUGUUUGGACUGCGUUAAAUUAUUAGUAGAAACAUCAGAACUCAGUGCAAAUACACAAAUGGAUAACGAUGUGACUCCAGUUUAUCUGGCCGCACAAGAAGGACAUCUCGAAGUAUUAAAAUAUUUAGUUUUGGAAGCUGGAGGAUCACUAUACGUAAGAGCCAAAGAUGGUAUGGCUCCAGUACAUGCAGCUGCUCAAAUGGGAUGUUUAACUUGCCUCAAAUGGAUGGUUCAAGAUCAAGGUGUAGAUCCGAAUCUCCGAGAUGUAGACGGUGCUACACCAUUGCAUUUUGCAGCAAGCAGAGGACACGUUGAUACAGUUAGAUGGCUUUUAAGACACGGUGGAAGACUGACACUCGAUAAAUAUGGUAAAAGUCCAAUAAAUGAUGCAGCUGAAAAUCAGCAAAUGGAGUGUUUAAAUAUACUUGUCCAGCAUGGAACUAUACCAGAUUACCAUGAAGAUAAUGAUAAUGGUAAAAUUAUCGGAUGUACUUGCAGAAAAGGAGAUCAUUCAAAAUGUUCUUAUUCGGAUUGCGUCAAUCUUUCUAGUCCUCGAGCACCAUUUUAUCUUCACGGUCCCACUCGUGCCGAUUGUCAAAGUCAUCAAAAUGGAGGAGGGAAUAAUCGAAAUGAUUCAUUUUUCCUUCACAACCCUCAAGAAAUCGUUUACAACAGGGUUAAAGAUUUGUUCGAAGGACCCGUUAAAAGUGAAGCAUCUUCUGAAAAUGAACUCAUAGUUAAAGCGGAAGUGCACAGCAGCAGCUCGGGUGCAGGCUCUGAAGAAAAUUUGAGUUCAUCGGAUAUGAGCGAACGGAGCGAAGAACAAGAACACGAUUAUGAAGAUAUAUAUCAUUUGAGAGAAGUUAACAUCAACAAUAAAAGCUCCGUGAGAAGUUGUAGCAGAGAUUCCGGAAGUCAUAGCCGAUCGGGUAGCAUAAGUUCUACCAACAGCGGUGGCAUUGUUGUUAAACUCACGGCUCAAGACCAACCUUCGAUCACUCCUUCGACCGAAUCCGGAGUUUCGAGCGCUUCGCCUUCCGAUUUGGGUCAUUCGGAAGAAGAAAAUGAAAAGGCUAAAAUUAACAUUAAAAUUCCGGCUCCACAUUUGGGUGGCGUUUUCAACAGGCAAUUGAAAAGAGUCGUGUCGGAACCCGCUGCUUGUCCUCCACCACCUCCUCCUCCCUUACCAAGUUUUGAAGAUUUAGAAAAAGCAACUACUCUGUCGAGAAGAUCAUCGACAUCCGAUGUCGUCAAUGGUGAUGCUAAAGAAAAAAUUCAAAAUGGAAAAUCAUCAGCAGAAUGGAAUAAUAAAAUUCACGGUGAAAAUUGUUCGAAGAAUAAUGCUGGAGAAGUCGCUGAAUGUGACGGUUCUUCAACGGUACCUAGUUUAGUUAAUAGACAGUUGGUGUUGCCGUCUUUUAUUCCUCCUAAAUUUACGGUUAACAGUGAAAAUUGUUUGAUAAAACCAUCGGAAUAUCUUAAAAGUAUCGGUGGAAAUCGUAUCGUAUCAUUUUCGACAGGAAGUUCUAAUUCUAAUCAAGAUAAAAAUUCGACAAAAUCAGAAGAACAAAAAUUAAAUAAAGGAGCAGCAGAAGAAGAAGAAGAAGGAAGAGAAGGAGAAGAAGAAAAGGAUAAUAAGACGACAACAACAUCAAAUGGACCUCCUCCUCCUCCUAUGCCUAAUAAUUUAGAAAAAGAAUCUGGAAAAACUACGAAUACAAACGAUACGGAAUCGACGAAAAUAAAAAAACCGCAGCAACCUUUAUCGGCUAUCAGUAUUCAUGAUUUACAUAGUGUUCAAUUGAAAAGAACCGUCGUUCAUAAAACCAUGUCUUCGCCGAUAAAAUCAUCCAACGCAGGAAACGAACCUUUUCAAAUGCAAAAACAAGAUUUAAUUGCCGAACUUAAAUUAUCAAAAGAUAUCGAAGGAGUUAAGAAAAUGAAAGUUGAAAGGUUAAAAUCGGAAGAAAAACAAGAAAAAGAAAUGGUUUCGGAAAUCACAAAACAAUUCACGGCAAAUAAUUUAUUAGAAAAAAUACCGGAAAAAGAUUCGACGGGGAAUCCCAUUCCGCCGUGGAAAAGACAAAUGUUGGCUAAAAAAGCAGCUGAAAAAGCAAGGAAAGAUUUGGAAGAACAAAUGAAAAAAGAAGCCGAAGAAAAACGAAUACAAUCCAUUCCGGCAUGGAAAAGACAACUUUUAGCGAAGAAAGAAGAAAUCGUAGACGAUAAAAAAACUCCACAAAUUCUAAUUAAAAUAAACGAUUCGAAUUUACCCUUAACCGAUAUACCGGAAGAAAACGAUAAAGAAAAUAAUAAACCGGAAGUUAAAGAAACAAUAGGAGAGGGUAAAGAGGAAGAUGAAGUAGAGGAAGACGAUACGCAAAUUAUACCGUGGAGAGCUCAACUUAGGAAAACUAAUAGUAAAUUAAGUUUGUUGGAUUAA